CACACUUGGUGCUCCUCUCCACUUGUCCACCCAGCUCCCCUGACCGGAGCCCAUAUAUCUCCCGCCAUCCAUUGCACGCCCACCACAUCGAUCCAGAGCACGCCAGAAGCCACGAGAAGCGAAGAAGCAAUCGGAGAGCAGAGGACGAGCGCUGCGAACGACGACGGACAGAGGUAGCUGUGCGAGUGUGACGGCGGCGGCGGAGAUGGUGGUGCUCACGGAGGAGUUCCACGGCCUGUCGCUGAAGCGGAAGGGCGCCCACGAGCCGGGCCUCUUCGACGACGCCGGCGACCGCUCAUCCGGGUUCUCGCUCUCUUGCCGCGCCACCAAGAUGCGGCGCCUCGCGUUCGCGUGUCCAGACGGCCCUCGUGUCGACGGGGACAUGGGCGGCGCCGUGACGACGGCGUCGGAGGAUGACGUUGCGAUGGGCGACGCGGCGGCCGCACCGUCUCCUUCGCCUGGCCACGACGAGAGGGCAGUGGUGGUGUACGGUGAUGGAGACGCCAGCAGCAGCAGCAGCAGGCGGAUCGACGCCCCGCGCCUCCGCGCGGACUGGAUCCGCGCCAUGCUCCGGGAGGCGGACAGCAGGACGGUGCGGGAGCUGCUCGCUGGCGCCGCCCUGGAACGGGGCUCCGAGCCCCGCGACCUCGCCCUCGCCGUCGUGCCGUGGGUGGCGCCGACACCGGCGGCUGCGGCGGCGGAGGAGGAGGCUGCCGCCGAGGAGGUGUCGGACGGUGCGGCUGCGAUGGACGUUGAGGGAGACGACAAGGAGCAGGAAGGCGGCCGGCCCUGGACCGGGCAUGGCCAGGCGUACGGCGGCGCCGCUGACGAGGGGUUGGUGUACCGGUGGCCGCAGCACUGCUGGGCGGCGCCGGCGCCGGCGGUGGCGCAGGCGAGCCCAGUGAUGUGGUCGUGGUGACCGACGUGUGGUGUGUGUUGCCGUAGCGGCAGUAGGCAGAGAGUUCAAGAUGUAGUGCAGGAACGUGUCGAGUGAGUCCAGCUGGGACCCGGCGACCGGGCGCCAUUGCCCGAUGGCAUGGGAAGCCUUCUCGUUCUCGCCAUGCCCGGCUCGUUGCCGAGAUCGAGCAGGAAAUCAGAGAUGAGCCUGGUUGUUGGUUGCUGCACUGCAAUCAUUAAGAUAUAGGUUGUAGAAUGUGAUGAUUCAGGAGGUGGAUUUGUGUUUUUCGUUCAGAAAAAUCUCACGGGUGCUCUACUGCUCUCAAUGUUUAUGGUGCUCUGGACAAUCCCGUGCUACUACUGGACCUCAAGCCAAAGCCAGCAAUUCCGUGCUUCUGAAUGAUGAUGAUGAUGAUGAUGUUACUACUACUGGACAACAAAUCAUGAUCACGAUCUUCUCUGCUUC